CGAGAGACAAAGCAGAGCAGGCCAACGCCUUGGGGGAUCAAAACGCAGAGUUUCCAACAAAAAUACAUAAAUGCUCCGGUCUUGUACUCAAUCAUCACUAUCCAAAAAACCCAAACCCGUUUCGAUUCGAUUCCAUAUGCAGAGAACCGUAAACUCUUCUUCGGCGUCGGUGCUCUUCGUGUUGCUCGCGAUCCUUCUGAUCAAAAUGGCGGAAUCUGUUCCUUCUCCCGCUGUUGACUCUUCCAAUGCAGAUGUUCAUAUUGUCUACACCAAGAGGCCCCAGGAUGAGGAGCCUGAGGCCUACCAUAUCCGAACCCUCGCCUCCGUCCUCGGCAGUGAUGAGGCUGCAAAGGAGGCUUUGCAGUACAGCUACAAGACGGCUGCUAGUGGAUUCUCAGCCAAGCUCACCCCUGAGCAGGUUGAGCAAAUCUCAAAACAACCAGGCGUUCUUCAAGUUGUCCCUAGCGGGACAUAUCGGCUGCAUUCAGGACCUGAGAGGCUGCACUGAGACCUCUCUACGCCCUUACUGUAACUAAAUAAAAUAUUGCAUCAGAUAAUAACCCUGUGUGUAAGAAAGUUUAUUGUGUGGUUUGUGUUCUUAAGCAAUGUGUUAGGUGCUAAGAAAUCUCUGGAUCUAAAUUACAUAUGUAAUUUUACUUGUACAUCUAUGAACUAUUGCUCUCUAAAUUUUCUUAUUAAUCAAUUCUGUUUGAUUUGGC